AUGAAUAAAAUUGGCGUCAUAAAAAACUCUUUUAGUGGUUUUUCGCUAGAAGAAAAACUGCAAAUUACAGAAUUAGGCAAAAAUCGCGGUGUCAUAAAUUUAAUAAAACUAUUUAUGAUAAAAAUAGUUGGUGGUGACGAGACUUGGUCAACAAAAGGCACAGACGAUCUUGUCCAUAUAUGGGAUAAAAUGAAAUCCCAUGAAAAAUAUAAAGUGCAAAUGAAUAAUGUUUUUAGCUUUUCCAUGCUUGGUUUUGUGGAGCUUUUGAGCUAUAGAGGCAUAUUUAAGGAGCUGGUGAAUUUUAGCGCCGAAUUAGACAACGACUUAAAGGUUCAUAUUCAAAGUUCAAAAGCUUUCAAAGGUACCUCAAAAACAACUCAAAAUGAACUUCUUGAGUGCAUGUUAGAUGUUUAUCACGAAGACGUUAGGAAAGAAAUAGAAAAUUAUCCUUUUGUUGCAGUAAUUGCCGAUGAAACGACGGACGUUGCUUGUGUCAAGAAAGAUUUGGAAAAUUUUGAAAGAGCAAUUCAAGGUAUACGGGAGCAAAUAGACAGCAUUAUUAACAAUAUUCAAGGAGCAACUGGUGAACCAAUAAGAAAAAAGGCACGAAUUAAAGAGAACAGCAGAAAACGCGAAGCCUCAGAAAUAUGUGAUGCCGUUUUAUUGCAAAUAAAAACAAGGUUCAACUUCUCUGGACAUUUGGUUGCUUCUAAUUUAUUUAUGUCGGAGAAGUUUUCGGUCUACAAAAAUAUGCUUAAAAAUGAAUUACAAGUACUGUAUCAGAGAGACGAAUUAGGUACCACCUCCGAAGCUGUCCCGAUGUCACUUUUAUUAAAUGAGGAAGGUUUAAAUUGUACAUUUCAGAAAACUUUUAUACUUUUAAGUAUUUUGAUAUCAAUACCUAUGUCAACAUCUGAAGCAGAGCGCUGUUUUUCAAUGCUUAAACGGAUCAAAACAUUCCACAGAAAUACAAUGAAGGAAGAAAAGCUUAGUGCUUUAGGUAUGUUGUCCGCAGAAAAACAUUUUGUGAAUGGAAUUGAAAAUUUUAAAAAUAAAAUAAUUGCAAACUUUGCAACCAAAAAAGAAAGAAGAAUGGACUUCAUUUAUCGAAAACUUUAA